CACAGCUCAUAGUGAAGUCACAUCCUCCUCCAUAUAAACAAAAAACACACUAGUUUAUUCCACCUAGCAAUACACACUACAGUUCCUCAUUCACCGAAUACAGCCAACAUCUGUCAGACUUGUAACCUUUUUUCCAUGUUAACGGGAAAACAUGGCUCGGAAAUUCUCCAGCUCAGCUGUAUUUAGUGAUGUUGAAAGCUAAGCUGCUUUUCUGUCGUUUAAGGGCGAAAAUACAUCAAAUCACUAAUUAUUUUAUUUUUAUGUUUUAUUUGUAUGCUUUUGUCAUCAGUACGAAGUGUCUAGUAAUAACCGCUUAUGCAUUUAUACAUCAAGUAGUCUCCAAUUUUAGUAGCUUUUGUGCCACAUGAGUGUGGUUUGCUAACUGGAACAUUAGCCACCCAGUUAUAACAUUGGUCUGUCAGGAAAGUCAUUCUGGAAAGUUCCAUCAACAGAUAUAGUGUUUUUCUGUAGUUUUUUUUUUGCACAAACACAUAUCAUCAUGACUGCCAUGCGAGUGGACGCUAAGGUUGUCAUGCUUGGCAAAGAGAGCGUUGGUAAAACCAGUCUGGUGGAGAGAUACGUACAUCGACGCUUUCUUGUGGGACCCUACCAAAAUACUAUAGGGGCUGCAUUUGUUGCAAAAGCCCUCAAUGUUGGUGAGAAGGUGAUUACACUGGGAAUAUGGGACACCGCUGGGUCUGAACGUUAUGAAGCAAUGAGCAGAAUUUACUACAGAGGAGCUCGUGCUGCCAUUGUCUGUUAUGGUAUGUCCGUCAUGCAGUUCACUGUCAUUUCACUGUUACCUCUGUUUCAGUUAUUGCAGAGUGCCCUGAAGGGGAUGCAGUAUUUUCUCAAUGGGGGAAAAUGGAAGGCCGUUCCGAACCAGGAUCUGGGCGCUUUAUUGGCUGUGCUCAAAAGAUUCAUGUUCUACGGUUUGCCAGGAAUUAGUGUGGAAAUGCCGCAGGUGUUGUAUCCCGCUCCUCUCCCUCAGUAUGAGACCAUUCCUGCUGCAAAACCUGCUGCUCAAGACUCACCUGCACAGAAAAAGACUGCUGCUUCUCAACAGAAGAAGCGAAAGUCUCGAGGGAAAGGGAAAAAAGCUGGAGGUGAUGGCAAGUGUGAUGGGGAAGAUGGAGAAGCUGAUGAAGUGUCUGCUCCUGGUGGAGGAGAUCAGAGCUGUUGGUCUCAUGGCCCUCAGUCCUCCAGGUUAACUUCACCAUCAGCGGCGACUCCGCAGCUUUACCCGUCCUGGAAGAAAUACAGCUCGGACUCAGAGUUCUCUGAUCCAGAGGGAGGAAUGCAGUCUAAACUCAGGUUGUAUCAAGCUCGUGUGCGUCAGAGUUCACUUCAGUGUUUCCUGGCUGUUGUCAAGUGUGUAGAGAAGCGAAUCCUCUAUGGUUACUGGUCUUCGUUUGUUCCCGACGCUCCUGGGAUUGGAGGUCCUCCUCCUCUCACCCUUCUCACCAUCGCUCUAAAAGACCCAUCGCCAAAGGUGCGGGCAGGCUCUCUGCAGGUUUUGUCUGCUCUUCUGGAAGGCUCUCGUCAGUUCCUGUCCACAGCUGAGGACACUGGUGCACCCCGUCAAGCCUUCACCCCCUUCUCAGCAACAUUAGCUGCUAGCAUCAGAGAGCUGCACCGUGGCCUGCUGCUAGCACUCGUAGCAGAAUCCUCCUGCCAGACCCUCACACAGGUCUUAAAGUGCCUUGCCCACCUAGUAUCCAAUGUGCCCUAUAAUCGUCUCAGGCCAGGCCUGCUGAGCCCACUGUGGAAACAAAUCCGUCCAUAUGUCCGACACAGAGAUGUGAAUGUCCGUGUGUCCAGUCUCACCCUCUUCGGUGCGUUAGUCUCAACACAAGCGCCUCUUCCAGAGGUUCAGCUCCUCCUCCAGCAGCCCAGCUCCACGUCCAGCUUGGGCUCCGGCAUCAGCACACCGCAGGAGUCUUCUCUUAGCUGGAGACAGCCUGCACGAAGAGAUGAAGAGGCCUCUUCUCCUGCAGCAGCGGAGGGUCCGGAGGGGCCUUGCUGGCUCCUACAGCUGUGUGUAAGUCUGGUCACUCAGCCUCGUGAGGAGCCGUACUCUGACAGUGAUGCUGGAGGGUCUAACGGAGCACCGCUCGAACCCUCACCUGUCCGACUUGAAGCUCUGCAGGUUUUGGCUCACCUAGUGAAGGGCUACUUCUCAUUGGCUCAGGCGUCUCUGUUGGAGUUGGGGCAACUCAGUGCUCGCUGUCUCACAGAGCAAGACCCGUCUGUGCAGCUUCAUGGAGCUAAACUUCUAGAAGAACUGGGAACUGGGAUUAUCCACCAGUACAGAGCGGAUGCCAACACUCCACAAAGUGCCAAACGUGUGCCAGUGAGCCAGGUGGUUCAGUUCUGGUCAGAGGUUUUGGGUGGUCCACUGAUCAGUGCCUUACAGAACGAGCAUCAUCCCACCCUUCAGACCAGCGCGUGCGACACCCUCUCCUCCAUCCUGCCACAGGCCUUCAGUCAGCUGCCCGAUAAGACUCAGGUGCUGUGCAUUACGAUCCUACUCGGACUGACGUACAGUGAGAACUCUCUGGUGAAGGCAGCAGCAGUCAGAGCUCUGGGUGUCUAUAUAUUGUUCCCCUGCCUGAGAGAGGAUGUGAUGUUUGUGGCGGACACUGCUAAUGCUAUCCUCACUGCUCUGGAUGACCGUUCACCCAACGUUCGGGCAAAAGCAGCCUGGUCUCUGGGAAACCUCACAGACACACUCAUCGUCAACAUGCAAUCUGUGGGUUUGGAGUUUCAGGAGGAUUUUUCUGAUAUGCUGCUGCUGAACAUGCUCAGAUCUGCCACUAAAGCCUCAGCGGAUAAAGACAGGGUGAAGAGCAAUGCUGUGCGAGCGCUGGGGAAUCUGCUUCACUUCCUGCAGCCGGGCCACCUUGGAAAACCAGUGUUUGAGCAGCCUCUGCUGGAGGCCAUGAGGGCUCUGAUAGACACGGUCAGAGGAGACGCCACCAUGAAAGUGCGCUGGAACGCCUGCUACGCGCUGGGCAAUGCCUUUAGAAACCAGCACUUGCCUCUGGGUUCUGCUGUGUGGUCUACAGAGGCUUUCUCUGCCCUGUCCAGCGUCGUGACUUCCUGCAAGAACUUCAAGGUGCGCAUCAAAUCUGCUGCUGCUCUUUCUGUUCCUGUGACACGAGAGUGUUACGGAGACGCUCAGCAGUUCUCAGAGGUUUGGAGGUCUUUAGCUCAGGCUCUGGAACACAGUGAAGAAACGGAGGACUUCCUGGAAUACCGAUACUGUGCCAGCCUACGCUCUCAGCUGUGCCGCGCUCUCCUGCACCUGCUGUCCCUGUGCCAGCCUGAUGACCUUCCAGCACUCAGGUCUUCAGUGAUUGGUCAGUCCAGGCCAGUGCUGCAGGCUCUACUGAUUGGCCACCUCAGGGAUGAGCGUUUGGUUCCGUCUGUUGGAGCUGAUGGAGAAGAGACUCUGGAUCACAGCACACAUGAAGAUGGAUGGACACUGCUCACAGACACACUGACCAGACUGAAGGGGCUGCUGGGAGAGCCCGUAAUGGACAGCAAUGAGGAUCUGGAGUCUGUGCUGAGUUUCCUUCAGGAUGUGGUGAUGAAAUGUGUGGUGAUGAAGGAAGCGGAGAGUAAAGAUUCCUGUCUUGUGCUCAGCAAAUCCUGAAAAUCAAAGUGCAUUUAUAAAGAUGGCAACACUGCCUUUUUAGAUUUUAUUCCAAAUGUAUAUAAUGAAUUAUAACCCUAUUUGUGGGUAUUGCAUAUUGAGUUAUACCUCAACACAAAUUUCUAUUGAGUCAUUUGACAAAUAAAAACUUGCUUACAGUACAUGAAUAAAAAUUAAUAUUAAAAUGUUUUUUUUUAUUGUA